AUGAAGCAGCUUCACCGGAUGAUUGACGAGCUCCGCAAAUGGAUGCCCUUCACCCCGUCAGCUAAGGUGGUUUGUUUUGGCAUCACCUACGAUGCAUCAGACGACGCACAGCGCGAGGCCUUCAUGGAGGACUUCCGUUCGCGAGUUCUCCUGACCUACCGUUCUGGUCUAGAGCCCCCUUUGCAGCUGGCAGGGGGAGGAACGAAAAGCUCGGAUUCAGGCUGGGGCUGCAUGCUGCGUGUCACGCAGAUGAUGUUGGCACAGUGCUUCAUCACCUUGGGCCUAGGCCGAGCGUGGCGAUUCAACGAGGCAGAAGACCUCUCAAAAGGCUCCUUGUACCUGCGCAUUGUCAGCUGCUUCUUGGACACACCGGCUGCGCCGUUUUCGCUGCAUCGGCUCGUCGAGACAGGACAGCAGGUCCUGGGAAAGGAGCCCUCUGCUUGGUUCGGCCCAACAUCUGCGGCACAGGCAGUUGGCCACUUGUUCCAGGACUUGAAGUCCAAGGCUUCGGGCGCCCCCGAGUUCCUGAGAGGCGUGGGCUGCGCCGUGUUCGUUGACGGACCUAUCUAUAAAGCCAAUGUGAUUGAGCAGUUCGACAGUGGUAGCUCGUCGGUGAUUUUGUUCGUGUGCCGACGACUGGGGCUGGACGAGUUCAAUCUGGAAGAGUACCGAGAAGGUUUGGAAAGCUGCUUCCAGCUCCCCGAGUUCCAGGGCUUGGCGAGUGGCAACAGCUCCUCGUCUGCGCACUUCUUCGUGGCCACCCACGGUGAAGACAGCAUCCUGUUCCUUGACCCACACACAACCUCCCCGGCACUGCGCGUGGAAGGGGAUGUGGUGGCAUCGCACGGGCUGCGUCCGGAGAGAGCUCUGCGAUUGCCAUGGUCCAACCUGAACCCGUCAAUUUGUGUGGCAUUUAUGGUGCGUUCCAAGGUCGAGACUGACUACGGUUUUUCUCCGUCGCAUCCGGCUCGAGGAACUGCCAGCAUGAUGCCAUACUGGCGAGGUUUGCGAAAUACUUUUGUGGCAUUAUCGUGCUUCACUACUGAUGUUUGUAUCGCGAUUCGUGCCGUGACUGAGAAAGACGCCAGCUUCUCCUCGACGGAUAUUUGUAUUCACUUCCAUGCCACCGAUGCAGAUGGGAUGGUCCACACUCCUGAUAAGGCCACGCUCGAUGCCUGGAUGCGUACUGGAAUCCAGAUUCCAAGUGAAUGGAAGCCGAACACUUUGGUAUGGCAGGACCUUGUGCACAGCUUCAAGUCUGGCAAAGCCGGCGGUUACGACAGGCUCAUGGAGUACAAUAAGUUCCGUGCGCAGUUUGUUGCGGACCUGCUGUGCUUUACGGCCAUGCAAGCAUGCCCACAGUGCUCAGCCAGCGCCAUGGGCUCCGUAAAGCCUUCAAGCGACCUAGACGUGUCGGUCACGGCGCAGAUGACAAGUGAAGACUUUGGGCCGGAUGUGCUCGUUAAGCGAUUCAAUGAUGUGUUUGCCGCUGUGUGGGGCCUGGCCCAAGAUGGUCUUGGCAUGACCUCAGCCGAAAAGUUCGACACCAACAUUUAUGGGUUCGCAUGGUUCGAGGCCACACCGUGCCGAGAUCACCUGUGCGAGGGGGUGCCGUUACAGGAGCCGUGUCAUGCAGUCCAAGACUUUUCCGGAGUCCGCAAUCCGAAGAACCUUUCAACUUGGCGGCUUCGGAGGUUCAGUGCUGCCGACAACCCUCGAAGUGGGGACGGCGUGGGUGCAGAGGACGUCCAAGACCAGCACAGCUUUGGCUUGGCGAAGUUGCUGUAUUACUUGCGGGAAUUCGGCCGUGGAGGUGGCAUUGCUGCCUGCAGCACAACUUCGACGGAAAAGGCCGCCAUCGCUGAUACUCUGGACACUGGCACCAAUUUCACUGACCUGUCUUGUGCAACACGCGACGAUGUCUGCACGCCGAUUUGCGAGUUCUGGAGCAAGAUCUACAAAGCCACAUACUGGCAUGGACUACAGUCGAUCCUUCCCAAGAUGCAGGCUGUAAUGCGUGCGGCGAGAGACAUCAUGGCAGACCUCCUUGCGUCGCAUGCAAAGCGUGUCACCGAAUUACUUCCUGAAAAGGAGGUCAGUUCGCAGCUCUGGCAAGGGCAGAUCAUGGUGCGCAAUGCAAUUUAUGCAGAGAAGCUCUCGCGCGUGUAUGCAUUGGAGCGCCAGCUGAGAGCGGGACGAAGAAAUUUGAAGCAAUGCGCCGAGCUGCGUCACUCAAUCACAGAAUCUUUGGCAUAUGGCAUCGAGACCUACUGGACGCAGGGUGCCUUUGACGCGGUGGUGGGGCGUUUGCAGCUGAGCCUGUCAAAGCCAUGUGUGACAGGCAAGGCAUGCGACCUGGAUAUCAGCACGGCGGGGUUCUUGGAUGCCUUGCUGGAAAAUUUCGCUGACCUGUUUAAAGAGUUAUCGCACACACAAGAGGAGUUUCAAGACAUCGACAGGAAGCUGAGCCAGUUUUAUCCUGACCAGAAAUCGAGGGAGCAUGCCGUUCAAAGCGGCAAGCUUUACGGGUUCUGCAAAACUCGAGAAGUGUGCGAGGCUGUUACCAGAGGUCAAUGUGGUGACGGGCAGAAGUGCUCCUUGUGCUUGGCAUGGCCUGUGCGUGCCAAUAGCUCUGAAAUGGACUGUGUGCCAUUGAGCAGCAUCCUGGAUGAAAAGUUGCAGGUGACUGGUGUGGCAUGCUUGGGUUAUAGAGACAACAAAAGCUUGAAAUGGACAUCAGUUGCAUUGAAAGAUAUGCUUGCAAUGAUGGAGUGGGAUGAGCGCAAGCUGCAGAACUGCAGCUCACAGUAG